AUGACUACCGCAUACAGCAACCGUGCUCAGACAAUUUUCCAGCGUUCUAUGGAUCCUAUCCACUAUAAUGCUAACAAUUGCACAGAGCAAUCAUAUAGAAGGCAAGCUAACCAAUUUUUGAAGACGAACAACAUUAUUAACAAAGAUGAGAACGAUAGCGGAUCGAUAGUUGCAAGUUGUUGGUGCAGUCACCUGUGCAUGGGCAAUGUGCUUGACAAUGAAACGACAUCAAGUUCGCAUCGCAAACCUGGAUGCGACCAUGGAGCUGAUUAUCAAAGACAUGUGUCUAGUAAAUCUAUUAAAUGUACCGUCUGUCAAAACAUCCAUGGAGAUCCAGCUGAUGUAACGCCGUUUGGAAUUAGUGAGGAUGAAUGUCGUCGUCGCUAUCUGUUUGGUACUUGCAACGGAUGUCAUCGAGGGAGAACCGAUUAUCAGUAUUGUCAUCGAUGUCAUAUGGAGGAUGUCGAAAGAUUGUUUAGCGAUGAGGAUUGA